AUUCAGGUUCCAUAAUGCCUCCUGCCAUGACAGACAUCCUUGACAUCUGGGCAGUGGAUUCACAGAUAGGAGCUGAUGGCUUAAUCUCUGUGGACUUCCUGCUCCCAACUGGAACCUACAUCAACCUGGAUGUACCUCGAGAUGCCACCAUAUGCCAUAUUAAACAGCUACUAUGGAAGCAGGCACACAGCUACCCUCUAUUUCAUCUCCUUAUGGAGAUUGACUCUUACAUGUUUUCAUGUGUGAACCAGACGGCUGUACGUGAAGAACUAGAGGAUGAAACGCGAAGGCUGUGUGAUGUUAGACCCUUUCUUCCUGUCCUCAAACUAGUGACAAGGAACUGUGACCCAGGGGAAAAAUUGGAUUCCAAAAUAGGUGUCCUUAUAGGAAAAGGCCUCCAUGAGUUUGAUGCCUUACAAGACCCUGAAGUGAAAGAAUUCCGUAGUAAAAUGCGGCGAAUAAGUGAAGAGAAACUCCUGUCGCUUGUGGGCCUGUCUUGGGUUGACUGGCUAAAGCACAGUUAUCCACCAGAACAAGAACCCUCAAUCCCAGAAAACUUUCAAGAUAAACUCUAUGGUGGAAAUCUUGUAGUGGCCAUUCAUUUUGAUAAGUGCCAGGAUGUAUUUAGUUUUCAAGUGUCUCCUAACAUAAAUCCUGUCAAGCUGAAUGAAUUGGCAAUCCGAAAACGUUUGACUAUCCAUGGAAAGGAUGACGAAGUUGAUCCUUCUGACUAUGUGUUGCAAAUUAGUGGAAGACUGGAAUAUAUUUUUGGUGACCACCCAUUAAUUCAGUUCCAGUAUAUCCGUAAGUGUGUGAUGAACAGGACUCUUCCUCACCUGACCCUGGUUGAGUAUUGCAGCAUAAAGAAAAUGUGUGAACAGGAAAUGAUUGCCAUAGAAGCUGCCAUAAACCGAAAAUCAUCCAAUCUUCCUCUUCCUCUGCCACCAAAAAAAACACGAACAGUUACUAGUGUGUGGGAUAUUAGCAGCCCUUUCAAGAUUAUGCUGUUAAAGGGUAAUAAGUUGAACACAGAAGAAACUGCCAAAGUUCAUGUCAGGGCUGGUCUUUUCCACGGAACUGAGCUCCUUUGUAAGCCGAUUGUAAGUCCAGAAAUAUCUGGGAGAAGUGAACAUGUUUGGAAUGAAACACUGGAAUUUGAAAUCAAUGUCUGUGACUUGCCAAGAAUGGCUAGGCUGUGCUUUGCAGUUUAUGCUGUGAUGGAUAAAAUGAAAACUAAAAAGUCAACCAAGACAAUUAAUCCCUCCAAAUACCAGACCAUCAGGAAAGCUGGAAAAGUGCACUAUCCUGUAGCCUGGGUAAAUACCAUGGUAUUUGAUUUUAAAGGACAGUUGAAGAGUGGAGACCUCUUACUGCACAGUUGGACAUCAUUUCCUGAUGAACUUGAAGAAAUGUUGAAUCCAAUGGGAACAGUACGAACUAAUCCUUACACUGAAAAUGCAACGGCUUUGCACAUUAAAUUUCAAGAAUAUUCAAAACUGCCUAUUUAUUACCCUCCCUUUGAUAAGAUACUUGAAAAGGCAGCUGAGAUUGCAAAAAGCAGUGAGAAUGCUGGUAUGGCAGGUCGAGGUGGCAAGAAGUUCUAUAUUGAACUAAAAGAAAUCAUGGAAAGGGACCCCUUGACUCAACUAUGCGAAAAUGAAAUGGAUCUUAUUUGGACUUUGCGGUAUGACUGUCGUGAGAAUUUUCCACAAUCACUGCCAAAACUGCUGCUGUCUAUAAAAUGGAACAAACUUGAAGAUGUUGCUCAGCUUCAGGCUCUUCUUCAAAUAUGGUCAAAACUGCCUCCUAGAGAAGCAUUAGAGUUGCUGGAUUUCAAUUAUCCGGACCAGUAUGUGAGAGAAUAUGCAGUGGACUGUUUAAAGCAAAUGAGUGAUGAAGAGCUCUCUCAGUAUCUUCUCCAGCUUGUGCAAGUUCUGAAAUAUGAACCUUUUCUUGAUUGUGCCCUCUCCAGAUUCCUGGUAGAGAGAGCACUUGCUAAUAGGAGGAUCGGGCAGAUGCUAUUUUGGCAUCUAAGGUCAGAGGUGCACAUACCCGCUGUCUCAGUACAGUUUGGUGUAAUACUUGAAGCUUACUGCCGAGGAAGUAUUGCUCACAUGAAAGUGCUUUCCAAACAGGUUGAAGCCCUCAAUAAAUUGAAGACCUUAAAUAGUAUAAUAAAACUGAAUGCCAUGAAGCAAAGCAAAGCAAAAGGAAAAGAUGCAAUGCACACCUGUUUAAAACAAAAUGCAUACAGAGAAGCACUUUCUGACCUCCAGUCGCCUUUGAAUCCCUCUGUUAUACUAUCAGAACUAUAUGUUGAGAAGUGUAAAUAUAUGGAUUCUAAAAUGAAGCCUUUAUGGAUAGUAUACAACAAUAAGAUGUUUGGAGGGGAUCUCUUGGGGAUCAUCUUUAAAAAUGGCGAUGAUCUACGACAAGACAUGUUGACGCUCCAGAUUUUGCGUUUGAUGGACUUACUUUGGAAAGAAGCUGGUCUUGAUCUCCGGAUGUUGCCAUAUGGUUGUUUAGCAACAGGAGACCAUUCUGGCCUUAUUGAGGCUGUUUCUGCUUCAGAAACCAUUGCAGAUAUUCAGUUAAAUAGUAGCAAUGUUGCUGCUGCUGCUGCAUUCAACAAAGAUGCUCUCUUAAACUGGCUAAAGGAAUACAAUUUAGGAGAUGACCUGGAUCGAGCCAUCGAGGAGUUCACCCUGUCUUGUGCUGGCUACUGUGUAGCUACUUACGUACUGGGCAUUGGUGACAGACAUAGUGACAAUAUCAUGGUCAGGAAGAAUGGUCAGCUCUUUCACAUAGAUUUUGGGCAUAUUCUUGGGAACUUCAAAUCCAAAUUUGGAAUUAAAAGGGAACGAGUGCCUUUCAUUCUUACCUAUGAUUUCAUUCAUGUCAUUCAACAAGGCAAAACGGGGAAUACUGAGAAAUUCGGCCGGUUCCGCCAGUGUUGUGAAGACGCAUAUUUGAUUCUGCGAAGACAUGGAAAUCUAUUUAUCACACUCUUUGCACUGAUGUUAACUGCAGGGCUUCCAGAGCUAACCUCUGUCAAGGAUAUCCAGUAUCUCAAGGACUCUCUUGCCUUAGGGAAGACUGAGGAAGAAGCGCUAAAACAAUUUAAGCAAAAAUUUGAUGAAGCGCUCCGGGAAAGUUGGACUACUAAAGUGAACUGGAUGGCUCACACUGUUAGAAAAGAUUACAGAUCCUAG